AUGCACAUCAGAGAAAGGCACACGUCGAAGAAGCGAGGGGUAAGAAAGUGGCUGACGGCUUCCGAAAUGAAUGCCAUUUUCGGAGCUGAAGCAGCUGAGUUAAUCCGGGUUAGGAAGCUAGACACAGAGGAGCUCAGAAAUAAAGAAACCCGAUUUCAUCCCGAACUGCCCGGGAUGAAGGAACACAUGCAGUACUUGACCCUGGUCGAAGAUGCGGAGGAGGAAGAGCACCAAGAGGAGUUGGAUCGGUUGUUUCAGGCUAUUGACAACGAUUCGAGCGACUCGGUCCGCAAGAAGGAAAAAAAAAAUGCAAAGAAGUCCAAGAAAGAUAAGAAUGACAAGAAGGAAAAAAAGGCCAAAGACGAAGAUGACAAGAAGGACAAGAAGGAAGAAGAGGACCCCGAAAAAGCAGCAAAUGCCAAGUUGGCAAAGGAUGCAAAGAAGGCAAUUGGUGAUGCUAGCACCAAGAUCAAAUGGGCUUUGGGGUUGAGUGACAAUUUGCGCCAAGCGGUCAAGACUGACGUUGAAACCAAAAAGGCGGAUCUGGUCACCAGUGCGGUCGUUGAGGCGUGCAAUGUUGCGCGCUGUGAGCUGGAAAGUAGCGAACAGUUUGGUCCUCUGGAACGAGAUGUCACCGAGAAAAUUGCCUCUGGGGAGGCCCGUGGUUGCACUACACCAUGGACUGCGAAGCUUGCUUCCUAUGCUCCGGGGAAUGCUGCCCGAGACUUCCGGCACAAUGAGCCUGUGAUGGUGGAGGUUGCAGUCAAGGUGGAAACGGGAUCCACUGACAGUGGUCGCGUGUCACUACCACUGAUUCUUCCCUACGAUGUGAUGGACUACCUGAUCGGAUCAUGUAAUCUUCAUAUUGAGGAGGAGUUGAUCAACCAAUUCUGGUCCCACUUGGAUUCAGUAGAGGAUUCAUGGGCCCUCUCCACUCGGGAGUUUCGAAAAGCAGUUGGUGACAAAGUCAUACCUCUUGGGUUCUAUGGAGACGAAGCCUGCAUGGGUUUAGUGACAGUAUCAGUAUCGGUCUCCGGGGGUUACAAACUUUCAGGCCCUUUGAUAGACCUGGACUACUUCGACAUUAGCACCCUGCAGCAUUGUACGCUUCACAUUCUCAAUCUGACGCUCUUGGGUGUGGCGAAUGGAUCAACGUUGAGCCCUGUCAAUGAUUUGGAUAUGGAACAUCAAAGAAUCUAG